AUGGCGGGGCAAUUUAGGCACGCGCUGCGCCUUGCGCCGCAACUCCAGAAGUCUGGCUCGGCUCGGCUGUUCUCGACACAAUCCAGUCUUCGGCAAGAGGUCCGGGACGCCUACAUCUUGAGCGCAUCCCGGACGCCUACGGCCAAGUUCAAUGCUUCGUUCACUAGCGUUCCCGGCCCGCAGCUGGGCGCCGUCGCCAUCAAGUCAGCGCUCGAAAAGUCCAAGGUACCCGUCUCAAAGAUUACCGAUGUCUACAUGGGGAACGUGCUCCAAGGCUCUGUUGGGCAGGCUCCAGCACGGCAGGCGUCCAUCUUUGCGGGGUUGCCACCAUCGGUCGAGGCCAUCACUAUCAACAAGGUGUGCGCUUCGGGGCUAAAGGCAGUAGCGUUCGCGGCCCAAAACAUCCAGCUGGGCCUCGCAGAGGCACAAAUUGCAGGCGGCUUCGAGAACAUGUCCCGGGUACCGUACUACCUGCCGCGGGCGAGCGGGUUACCAGCGUUCGGCCACAUCAAGGUCGAGGACGGCUUGAUCAAGGAUGGCCUGACGGACGUGUACGACCAAAUCCACAUGGGCAACUGCGCGGAGAGCACAGCAAAGAAAUACAGCAUUACGCGCGAAGCGCAAGACCAGUAUGCCAUCCAGUCCUACGAGCGGGCGCAGGCCGCGUGGAAGGCCAACGCCUUCGCCGACGAGAUCGCGCCCGUCACGGUCAAGGGCAAGAAGGGCGACACGGUCGUCAGCGUGGACGAGGGGUACCUCGAUGUUAACCUCUCUAAGGUUCCGACGCUCAAGCCGGCGUUUGUGCGUGACGGGACGGGCACCGUGACGGCGGCUAACUCGUCGACGCUCAACGACGGCGGCAGCGCCCUCGUCCUUGGCAGCAAGGCGAUCGCGCAGGAGUUUGGCGCCGGUUCCCGCGUGUUGGCGCGCAUCUGCAGUUCGGCAGACGCAGCGGUUGACCCGAUUGAUUUCCCGGUCGCCCCAGCCAAAGCGGUGCCCAUCGCGCUAGAGCGGGCGGGCAUCACCAAGGACCAGGUCGCCGUGUGGGAGUUCAACGAGGCCUUUGCCGCGGUCAUCAAGGCCAAUGAGAAGAUCCUCGGGUUGGAGGGCGCGCGGGUCAACCCGCUGGGCGGCGCCAUCUCGCUGGGCCACGCGCUGGGCAGCUCGGGGUCGCGCAUCCUAGUGACGCUGUUGCAUCAGCUGAAGCCCGGCGAGUACGGUGUGGCGGCCAUCUGCAACGGCGGAGGCGCGGCGACGGCGAUGGUGGUGCAGAGGAUUGACGCCACGAUGAGCCUCGUCAUCCAAUUUCUUACCAGCAUCCGGGGUUUUGUGCGCGAUCAGAAUGGUGAUGAGCUGCGAAACUGGCUGUUGGUUGAGAACGAUGUGGGCAGCAAUUAUUUUGACAUGAGCGCCGAGCUCCGGAGGAGCUUCCCGCCUAGCUCAACCUCGCUCGAGAACACCGUCGACAAAUGCUUGCCGCAGGAGGACACCGUACCCGAGGGUAAAGGAUCACCCUGGCCCGGCUUCAACUCGUUCAUCAGGGAGUAUUUGGAGUAUUGGCGUGAUGUCAAUUUUGGGGAUGUCGUGAGGCUGCAUUCUCGGUUGAGCGAUCUUCUCAACUCCUGCGCGAAUGCCCUUGCGAACCCCACGUACGGCACCAUGUUGCUGCAGACAAGCAUGGCGCUCUCCGAGGCGUUGUCCAAGCUGGUUAUGAACCUGACUCGGCAGCCCGAGUUGCUUGCCCAGAUCCACGGUGACACCACCGGAGAGGAGGCGGGCGAGAAGAAAUCUAUCGUUGAGCUGGCCGCCGACAUCAUCCAAAAGAUAUUCACAUCAUGUCUAACCGACCGCUCGAGCACGCGUUGGUCAGAGCCCAAGGGGAAGAAGGUCGCCGUCUACCUUUUCGCAAACCUCACCCUGAGGCUGCUCUUUGCUUGUGACAAAUCUCGACUGGCUGUGCAAAUGUUUACCAAUUUAUCGACUAGCGGCCCAGCACUCUCGCUCUACCCAGCCUCCCAGCGUGUCACCUUCCUCUACUACCUCGGCCGUUUCCACUUCGAUCACAGCCACUAUAUGCGCGCCGAGAUGUGCCUGGCCGAAGCCUAUCACCAGUGCCUCCCGCAAUUCCAAAACCACCGCCGGCAGAUCCUCACCCAUUGGAUCGCCGCCAACCUCCUUCUCGGCCGCUUCCCUUCGUUGGCCCUCCUCCAACGGCCCGAGGCCGCCGGCUUCGCUGACAUCUUUGUACCCCUCUGCAGCGCCAUCCGCUCGGGCAACUUCGUCACAUUCCACCAAGCCCUGCGUCUAAACCGCGACUGGCUUUGGGCCAAGGGUUUCUACCUCACCUUUCUCUACCGCCUCAAGCCGCUAGUCUGGCGCUCCUUCACCCGCAAAGUCUUUCUCUUCACUUGGCAAGGGGCCGAGGGCGGUAACCGCGCACCCUCGCUCGCCUUUGACGACUUAGUCGUUGCAGCUGGUUACGUCCAGAAACUCCUCGAGGGCUAUGUCCCCGCCCACUCCGCGCAGCAGCCAAACAACCGACCCCGUUCAUCCAGCAACAGCACCAACCCGCUCUUCCUCCAAGCCGUCACCCACAACGCCAACAUCUCCUCCUCUACCCUCAUCCCACCCCCCGGUGGGCCGCGCCGCCUCAUGCCCGCAGACGGCCUCCUCUUCGGAAACAAACCACCCGAUCUCGAAAACAUCGAGUCUGUCGUGGCCGGACUGGUCUACGCGGGGCUCCUGAACGGGUUUAUCGCGCGGCAGCAGAAGCGGUUUGCCGUAGAGGGCGCGAAAAGGAUGGGCGGUAAUGCCGUGGCCGCUGGGGAAGGAGCAGAGCCGCCGGGGGAGAUGGACGAUGUGCCAGGGUGGGUGAGGGAUCAGUCGUAG